AGCGGAAACAUGUUACACAGCCCUGUCUUUCCUGCAUUUGGGCACCACUUGGCAGAGCACCCCGCCAUGUCCAUCUCCUCGGAGCUGCCCAGGACCCCAAAAGCUUCUUUCAACAUUGACUCCAUUCUCUCCAGGGCUGACAGACCGGUCCCCAAAGUCUCCAUGGAGAUGCCCAGUUGGCAGCCCCCCUCUCCCCCAUCUGUGCCCUACCGCUACUCUUAUGGCAUGAUGCCCUACCCACCCGUGUGGCUCAUCAAACCCACAGUGGGAUACCCCAGCAUGGCACAACAGCAGCCAAUGAGGAUGCCCAGGGGAGAAUGCCCAUGCCCGGACCCUGCCUGUAAAGAGAGAGGUUUACCCUACUCCCAUUGCCCAAAUGGUUCCAUGAACCCUCUUUCAUGGAGGACAGGGCCCUGCAAGAUGAAGAGAAUCCGCACAGUGUUCACCCCAGAGCAGCUGGAGAGGCUGGAGAAAGAGUUUCUCAAACAGCAAUACAUGGUUGGCACUGAAAGGGUGGAUCUGGCAUCGACACUGAACCUCACAGAGACACAGGUUAAAGUUUGGUUCCAGAACCGACGCAUCAAGUGGCGGAAGCAGAGUCUGGAGCAGAAGAAAGCCAAGCUGUCCCAGUUUGGGGUGAUCCCUGCAGACAGCUCAGAUCACACUGAUGACAGCAGGGAGACCGAGGAGGAUGAGGAUGAUGUGGAUGUUGAACUGUAGGGCCCCACUGAACAUACACUAGCUGAAUUCAUCUUGGGUAGCUCCACAAAGAACCACCCCCCAAAAAAAGAGCACUACAGUGAAGGAGAUGGUAUUGGACUUCACCAAAUACUUAAAGACUGAACAUCCAAAAUCCCUCUCUGCAUCUCUGAAUUUCUAAUGGGCAGUAAUGGUCGGCUUUACUUGCCCUUUACGCCCUCCUGCCUCCUUAAUACUGAAAAACCUUACAAGGCACUGAGCCAGCACUUUGGGUGUAUUGGAUUAUGGACUGGGGAGAAACGGAUGAUACUGCAUGGACAAUCCAUAGGUGCUGUACCUGGGGUUGGUCGAUGGGUGGGUAAUAAGACUGGGGUGCCCCACUCCUGCCCUUGCAAUCUCUGCCUCUUUAACCAAAUGUUGGGUGCUGUGAUCGCCCAGGUUGGAAACUUAAAUGUACUUUUUGCCUUAAUAUUUAUAGUAACUGUGUUACUUCCACAGUCCUGAUGCCUUGCCCUGCGCCUCCCACUAGAUACGGUGGGCUAGCCCUCACCCCUUCCUGCUGCCAGUGGGGGUGCCCAGCAACAUUGGCCCCUGAUGGUUGAUAAGUGACUGAUUUCUGUGUGUAUAUAUAUAUAUAUGUGUCAGGGUAAUGGGCCCCGGCGCCGUGUGGAUGAGUCUGGCAGCGCUCAGGAUAAUGAUUAUAUGACUGUACAUGAUUGUAUUAUUUAUACUGCUGCACGCUGUGUGUCACUGUGACUUAUUUAUUGGAUCUGCUUUUUAUAUAAAGAUUUUUUUCUAUUUUACAUAAAA